CUUCGACCACGGCCGAAGUGCGGUUGCCUUGGAUGGCGGCACAACCUCGAGGUGGCACAGGGAGGUCAUGCUGUGGAUUCCCUUUCAAAGGAGCCAUACGACACUGUUCAUCACGCUACUGGGGUAGGCUUCUGGUGAAUUCUUUGCCGGGCGCGGUGCCGCCUGCACCAGGGAACAGCUAGAGUAUUCUGGCUCAAGCAGCUUUGGAUCCGCCGCGUCAACGCUCAGAGCUCCCCCCUUCGGUCGAGGGCCCCUCCGCCAGCCCAGCCGCCCGAACUUCCUACGCCACCGAGCAAGCCAUGGGCUUGUGCGCGUCCGUGGUCGACCGCGAGGACAUCGAGCCGCUGGCGGCCUGGCGCCCCACCCUGCUGGGCGACUCCGCGUGGGGCAAGCCGCCGUCGGUGGCCGACGGCGACGACGCGGAGGCCGCCUUGAGGAAGAUGCCGCGCCUGGCGCUGCAGGACGUGCUGAAGGCGAUGGGCCUCUUCGCCACGCUCGAGGUGCGGGCGGCGGGGCUGCUGCGCCUGGAGGCGCUGCAGCUGCACCAGGACGAGCCGGACCAGCUGCUCGCGCUGGGCGUCCCGGAGGCCGUGGUGGAGGCGAUGGAGGCUCACUCGGGGCCCGACGCGGCGGCGCUGCAGGAGAGCGGCUGCCGCUUCCUCAAGGCCGCCGCGUGCACGCCAGCGGGGCAGUCGAAGGUGGCCUCUUGCGGGGGCCUCAAGGCGGUGAUCCAGGCGCUUAAGGCGGGGGGCGGUCAGCAGGGGGGCAGCUUGAAGGCGGCCGCGUGCGCGGCCCUGCUGGCGCUUGCGUCCAACUGUCCCCCCAACAAGGUGAAGGUCGGCGCGCUCGGCGGCAUCGCCGCGGUCUUGGUCGCGAUGUCCGGCGCGGUGGAGGACGCGCAGCUUCAGGAGCGGGGGUGCGCGUGCCUGCGCACCUUUGCCACGGCCCACUCCUCGAACCAGACCCGGAUCGCCGUGUCCGGGGGCGCCGCGGCGAUCCUGAAUGCCAUGCGGCGGCACGAGGACGACGUGGGGCUCCAGAGCGAGGGCUGCUGGGCGCUGCACGUCCUGGCGCACGGCCAGCCGAACACCCAGAAGGACAUGGCCGUGCUGGGGGUGUGCCAGGCGCUGCUGCAGUGCAUGGGCAGGCAUCCCGCGUCGCCUGGCGUGCAGGAGCAUGCGCUGCGGGGCCUGAAGACCAUGUGCGCCUCGAGCCCAGACAGCGCGGCGCUGGUUGCCGAGGGCGACGGCUUCGCACUCAUCGGCGGCGCGAUGGACGGCCACAGGGGGGUGCCCUCGGUGGUGGAGCAGGCGCUCUGGGCCCUGUGCGACCUCGUCGGCAAGGACGAGGGCCGCAAGGCCGCGUUCCAGGCCAAGGUUGGGAUGCAGAAGGUGAAGGAUCUGAUGGCGAAGCACUCCGAGGAGCAUGGCGUGAGGAAUGCUGGCAACACCCUCGUCGCCGUCGUCGACGGUAAGACCAUGGUGAGUCGCCUGUCCAUCGUCGCGUGACCCACCCAGCCGCGCUUCGAGUGCUCGUCUGCGGCUGCUCCGAGCCGCUGCUGAUCAAGCGGCUGGCAUCUCGGCGGGCCUCACAACCUCCUCAACGCCAGCGAGGCCCGUGCGCCCCCGCGCGACGCGCGCCCUGGCCUCGCCUCGGUCAGGCGCCACGUUUUUUUUUUUUUUGUUUUUGUUUUUGUUUUUGUUUUGACCGUCCCCUCCGGAUGGGGACCAGAGCGCCCCCUUCGGCUUCUCUCCUGCCUCGUCCUCCUUGUCGUCAUCCUCCUCGCCCGCUCUCGUCUCUUGGGCCUGGCUAGUCGCCACGUCCGCCGGGCGAUCUUACCCCGCGGGGUCCAGCUGGGACUUUGUCCUGCGCUUGCGCUGUGGUUGCGCCUGCGCAAGCCCGUGCGCCACACGCGAUCAGUCGUCCCCAUGCGCUUGCGCGAUGCGAGAACGCGUGGUUGCCUGGCGCGACGGCUGGAUUCGCUACCGACCAUCUUGCUCUGGGCCUCUCUUCGCCGCCCCGGGGCCGAAGCGCGGUGAAAAAAGA